GACAACCGUUUUGUGCCAAAGGCUACGCCGUGUGUCGACCGCACGCCAGUCGGUCACGCUGCGCCGUCCGACAAACUCGUGUGUCGCCAUGCCUUUCCGCCGUUUCCGUCUGAUUGGCCGUCUCGCCGCGUACAACACAAGUACGACGUCGUAAAGACGUAUUGCUAUACCAUCCGUCGCGAUAACGCCAUUACAAUCAUUGCCGGCAGUUCACGCAAAGGCGACGGCAUUUCAUUUUAUUGUCAACCAACCAUAAGUAGUUAAGUACCCGACUGGCGCGACCUUUGAAGUUGAUUUUUUUCCUCGCGAUGUCUCUCUGAUCGACGGACGCAGCUAUAACACGACGGCGAGCUCACAUGAAAUAAUCUAGACGACUGUCAUUUUUACUGACGCAGGUACAAAAAAAAAUGUCCAGUCGUCAUGAGACAUUCACUGCGGAAUAUUGCACAGGUGAAACCGUCACACUGUACAGUCAACAACACCACACGAGAAUACAUCUCCAAACUCACGCUCACGCAAACAAUCACAUACCAUUAAAUCAAAAAGGGGAACCAAUUAAAUUGCCAGAUAACUUGGAGAGUUUGCCACGUGCUGAGCAUUUUCCUGUUCAAAGACAUCGCUGGAACACUAACGAGGAAAUAGCAGCAAUAUUAAUCAAUUUUGAAAGACAUAGCGAAUGGCAGUCAAAAGAAGUAAAAAUAAGGCCCAAGAGUGGUUCAAUGUUAUUGUACAGCAGGAAGAAAGUGCGGUACAGACGUGAUGGAUAUUGUUGGAAAAAAAGAAAAGACGGCAAGACUACUCGUGAAGACCACAUGAAGUUGAAAGUCCAAGGAACCGAGUGCAUUUAUGGGUGCUAUGUACAUUCAGCGAUACUUCCGACAUUUCACAGAAGGUGUUACUGGUUAUUGCAAAAUCCUGAUAUGGUGUUGGUGCACUAUUUGAAUGUGCCGUAUCCGGACGACAACAAAUUAUCGGUAAUUUCGCCGAGCCUCGCGCUGUGGGCUGAUCGUAAAGAGUGGACUAAAGAUGAAUUACUAUCUCAGUUGAAACCCAUGUUUUAUGAGGAAGACCCUGACCUUAGCAACGAAAUGGAAGUAUCAACGGCCGAAUGUGUAGCCGCCAUGGUCACACAGCUGAUGGAGUGGCAGAAGAACGCCAGGGCAACUUUACUUAGCCGAACGCUGGAAUGCGGAUGUCCGGACUCCACGUGCGCGGACGGACAAUCGUGCUCGCGUCCGAUCAGACGGAUUUCACCGUCAGACAGCAAUCAGGUGUCGUCGACGACUGGAAAUCGAUCGCGCCCCGGUACAAUGUUACUCACCAACCACCACGUUAACUCGUCCAGAACCACGAUGAACACAUUAAUGAUCGCUAAUCACGUCAAUCAUAAGGCACAGAGUGGGCCUACCUCCUUGAACACCACAAUGAACAACAACUUGUUGUCAAAUUCCACAAGGGAUUUUCGCAAUCAACCACAACAACAGCAACCGCAGCAACAACAACAAAUAAUUCUCAAGCACGAUUGCAGAGAUAACAAUCAAAUAUUAAACAACAGACAACCACCGAUCAACGUGACGGACAAUAAUCACAUUCCCACUACAAUGAUAUCAUAUAAGCCACAAGGUUCAGACGAAGUGAUCCACGUGUAUACCGAAAAACAAACGUAUCACACUUCACAAAAUCAAGACGAACAUGCUGUACACUUGUUCCACGGACAAGAUCAUCUAAAACAACAGUCGGACCACGUGAAAUCGGAAUUCUAUGAUGUCACAUUAGAUUUGACCCACGACGACAUACAACAGACGCUUUCAGCCAAUAUGCCUGUCUCGUGUGCCAAUGCUGAUCAAUUGUUACGAUUGGAUGACGAUCAUAGUAAUAAAAAUCUAGACGGCCCUGGAGACGAUGUAUUUGUGAGUCUCGAUGCGUUUGAUAUGCUUACUGACUUCCAAGAACUUGAUAUCCUAGAACAUGCAACGCAACAUGCUUCAAAUUUAGUUACGGAUAUAGGGACAAAUGCUGUGGAUAUGCAGCCACAUGGGCAACCACAAUUAGACAUGGAUGUACUACAAAUAACUGAUUACUGUCCUGAAUGGGCAUUUCCCGAGGGAGGUGUUAAGGUACUAAUCACGGGUCCCUGGUUUUCUUCCUCAUCGUACACUGUUAUGUUUGAUACGAUCACAGUUCCAAGCACUUUGAUUCAAGGAGGUGUUUUACGAUGUUACUGUCCAGCUCAUGAUAUAGGCACCGUUACAUUGCAAGUAGUCAUUGAUGGGAGGCCAGUAUCAACCACCGCGAUAUUUGAAUACCGUCAACACGAAUUCCCACUAACUAUUUCCUCAUUAUCAAUGUCACACACGCCAUCUCUACUCAAAUUUCAUUUGCUACAAAAACUUGACUCCAUCGAAGAUUACUUACAGCAGCCGAGCAAUCAACAAACAGACCAACCAUUAAAGGAUAGUAUCCUUAUGUUUAGCAAGCCCAACUUUGAAGAUCAGCUUGUAAAUUAUUGUGAAAAAAUGAAACAGUUCUCGUGGAAAUCUGAAUCUGAAUGUAACGUUAAGCAAUUAGAAACCGAAACCACUAUUUUACAUAUGGCUGCUUUUUUGGGAUAUUCUAAACUUGUGUGCAUACUACUUCAAUGGAAAUUAGAAAAUGUGUCACUGUUUUUGGAAAUGGAAGUCAAUGUUUCAAAACAGGAUCGUGAAGGCUAUACGCCACUGAUGUGGGCUUGUAAAAAAGGACACAAAGAUACAGCAGUUUUACUGUGUCAGUGGUAUCAAACUGUUCAAAAUUCAAAUAACAAUUUUAAUCAGGAUUACUCUCAACCCGAUAUAUUAGAAUCCGUUCAUCAGUAUUUCAACGAUUUCAAUCAAAAUCAGUAUUGCACCAAUGACAAUUCAAGUAACGAUGUAUUUUUAAGGCCCGAUGGAAUUAAUAGUGACAUUAAGAAAGAAAUUAAUCAAACUACCGAUGAGCCAAAUAAUCCAACACCUCCACCUAAUAAAUCUGUCACCAUAUUAUGUUCAAAAGGGGAAACCAAAACAGAUAAAAAUGAAAUAAAACCACAAGAAACUCAAGGUUCCAAAAGACCAUUACCCAAUAGCUUUUAUCAAACGGAUGACUAUUAUGAUCAAUUUUGCAAACCAUCACUCUAUUUCCCUUCUAUUCAAAAGUUCCAAAAGAGUUUGUUUCUUCCACUACAAUCUCCUACAUCGGAUAGCGGGAAUUCGUCCGAAAAAUCACCAGUUUUAACAAAGUCUGAUUUUAUAAUUUGCAUGGUAACCGCGCUGGCCGAUGGACCGGCGGACGGAGCCGUGGGUAGUGAGAACGAUGGCAAUGGUAACACGCGAUCCGACGAACAUCAGAACGAUGAACGAAUCGAAGACGCUGUUCAAACGCCCAAAGAUCCCGCUGAACACGGGGAACACGAUGUUCGUGUCUUGACAUUAGCUGAACAAUUCAUAGCGGCUAUGCCUGAUCAUAUUAAGAAUGAAAACGGAUCACACGGUAAAAUUGUAGAAUCAUCAAUUAUUACAAUGGAAGUGCUCGAUGAUCCUCCGUCAUCUGUGUCGUCAUGUUGUUUUGAUACCAACUCCGAAAUGAACACGGAAUUCAACGAACAUGUUUAUCAUUAUCGGCAAAAAGAUCGAGAAAUAGAAACACCCACGUCCAGCACCAGUUUAACCUUGAGUCCAGUGUCGAGUGCGUCACAAUGUUCGCCCGCAUCACCACCACCGACUGCUGCAGAUCUAUGUGAAUUUCUCCAUGCCUCGUCAAACAAUCAAUACUUUGAAAAGAAUUUUUCGAACCUUACACUGUCCGAUUACGAACAACGGGAAUUAUAUGAGGCGGCCAAGACUAUUCAGAAGGCAUACAGGACGUACAAAAAAAGAGAAGAGGACAAAGAAAUUUCAGCUGCUUCAGUCAUUCAAAAUUAUUAUCGCCGUUACAAACAGUAUGCGUACUAUAAGCAGAUGACAAAAGCUGCGGUUCUAAUUCAAAAUCAGUACCGUAUAUACAGACGACAUAAGCGGUUUAAAAAAGAAACUCCUCGUUACACUAAUAAUACGUUCACUGUUAUCAAAAAAAAUCAAAAUCAAAAACGUCAAAACCAAGCAGCUCGAAAAAUUCAACAAUUUAUGAGACAGACCAAGCAUGGUACGUCUCCUCCUGCCACUAUCAACGAACGCACUUUUGGAUCUCGUAAGCGAGAAGCUAACGGUAAUCACAAUAUGAAAUAUCCUCCGACAAAAGUGGCCCAAUACUCGACACUCAACCACAACUGAUGUCAGACACGUUGCACCACUAUUAUAUUAUUAUUAUUAUGAUCUAAUUUAAUGUUAUUGCGUUAUUGUAAAAUAUUAUUUACCGUAGAGUCUUAGACUACCUAGGUAUAUCAGCUGUAGUAGUUAGUUUCUCAUUGUCAGCGUUUAGAUUGUUUAGUACCAACGUACCUAUAAUAGGUUUAUUCCAGACAGAUGUGAUGAAAUCGUCGACGUGUUUAAGCUGCAAACAAACACGUACCUAUUGGCCAUUCACUAUAGUUAUAGGUAUAAAGGUAUAGGUACCACAUUAAAAAAAGGCACAUUGUAGUUAUUAAAAAUGUACAUUAUGUCAAAGACGUUCGCAGUCGUUCGUCUUGGAACCAGUGUGGUUCGACCCCCCUGUAAUACGCGUACCUAGGUAUAUAAUAUUAUACCGCAACCGUAUUAAUUGGUACCUACCUAUAUAAUAUUAUAAUACUUUAUAUGCACAUAAUAUUAUUCUGUUUGCGUACACCGCCUUACUCGAUGUACUUUAUUUUACCGUUUAUAAUAUUAUUAUGUUGUCUAUUAUUAUCAACCCGAUUUUAUUUUAAUAUUGUUCGACAUUUAUGUCAUCAUAAUAUUGUAAUAUUUAUAUAUUAUUAUGUAGUUAUUUUUAUACACACACACACUGAUAUUUUAUGAACAUUUGACGAACUCGCGACGGAUACAAAAUAUAGACGUUUUACUGGGGGCAGAGAUGAUUAUUGUUAUUAUUAUUAUUACUAUAUAUUAUAAUAUUAUAUUAUGUAUUACGCAAAUGUACCUACAUACAUUUGUCCAUAAUGUUGUCAAUCAUUAUUAUGUAUACGAAAAUACAGGCUCAAAAAUACAUCAAACCGUAGCGAAUAGGCGUACGGGAAUGGUACACAUUAUAUAUAGAAUUUUUGUAAUAUUAUUAUUAUGUGGUGUCCAACAACUUACUGAGUAGGUACCUAUAUAUAGCGAUGGACCGAUUUGUCCGUAAACCAAUGACGGUAUCAUAAGAUUGGUAGGGGGGACCACGUGGUGCACGUACAGAUUUGGCUUUUGUUUUGAGAUAUUAAAAACCAUUAUGCUUUAGAGUAAUAUUGUGUUCGUCUUUUGUGAAAAUACAAAUACUACAUUCCUUACGAAGACAACAACUACAGCAAAGUCCAAUGAAUGUUUAAGUUUCUACUCGGAUGUUUGCGCGCAACUUACAGUGACCAAUAAGUCGUUUUUCUCUUCAUAAUAUUUAUCGACUAUACGGUGUUAUAGUACGUCGUAUGCGUACUUCUUGUAUACUUUUUUUUCGUUUAUGACUAAUCAUAUUGUAUUAUUAGCGCGUUGGUUAUGAUAAUAUAUUAAAUAUAUUAUGAUACGACGCAAUUAUAACUCCCUAUAAACAUCUAUGAACAUUAUUUUUCUUUAAAUUUGGUCAACACACUGGAUUCGUUUAUUUAUUCAAAACAAUAAUAUUCAUCUCUUAUAGAACUGCUGGUGAAUAUUGUUAGAAAAAAUCGUGUCAACAUUAAUUGUUACUAUAUCCCAGACAGGGAACGGAUAGUUUUAUUAGAGCAUAGAUAUGAGCAAUAAAUACCUUUUAUUGCAGCCGGGUAUAUGAAAUCAAAAAUACUCAAUCACAACUAUAGGUCCAUUGAAUGCCGUUCAUAACCACUAUAAUAUUAUUAUACUUAUUUCGGUCGUAAACAUUUUUCUCGUUCAUACACUAAAAACUGUUCAGUGCCACCGAAUUUUAUCCACGAGACUGCAUCGGGUGCCGUUUAGAAACUAGACGAAUAAUAAAUGGACUAAAUUGUUGUUGUACCUUGUACGUAUGCAAUAUUAUUCCGCGUGACAUUUGAUAAUACGACUUUCACGUUAUCUGACGAGAAAAUGUCUAGCUUUAUAUUUAUUUUUUCAACGAUAUUGUUUCUAUUAACAACCCUGGAAAUUAUACAUUCAAUUGUUUGAUUUGCAACGACCAAAUGCUCUAAAUGACAAUGAUAAAAUCGAUCACAUAAUUGGUAAAUAAAAGUAUACCUUCUUUACGACCAGAUUGAGCACAGAUCCCAUAAAAAAUACAAUACGAUUGGGCACAAAAAUUCGUAGCAAAUACCUACCAACAAAUUACGAUAAGUAGGUACAUACAUAUUUUUUAGCACUUAUAAAUCAAUAGUUUAUACAAAAAAUAGUAUACAAAUUUCUGAAGAGUUUUUAAUUUAAUAAUGUGUUAACAAUUUAGUUGAUUUCUAAUUGACAAUUGUAAAUUUUAAUUGGCCCUCCUAAAUUCUAAAUACUUACUGCCCAAAGUGCCAAAUAUAAAUAAUUAAUUUAGUAGGUACCUAGAUAUUUUUUUUUACCACUGGCCGGAUUCAUUAGUAAUUAGUAUAUUUUUUUUUCAAUAAAAAUAAUUCGUUGAAAAUAUUCAAUACAAUGGUAUACCUAUGUAUUAUUUAUUAUUCCUAUAUGGAAGUUUCUACUUGUUGUAAACAUUUGUACUACGUUCUCCAGUGUUAUUAAAAGUUUCAAAAGGUUCAUCUUGCAUGUAUAUACAAAAAGCCAAUUUGACAAUGUUGAAUAAUAUAAUAAAAAAAAUUAUUUGUGCUCCAAUCGGAUUGUCGAAAAGGUUGCUGAAAAAAUGACAGUACUCAAACUGAUAUCACCGCGAUAGCAUAAGGUGCAUCUAGUGGUCGCUAAAGUCUGUAAUGCGUAAUGUGGUAACAGUUCCGGGGUUCAAUAUUAAUUUAAUUACUUACAUGUGUUGAUAAACGAUCUAGAGCAACGGUUAAAUAGGUACUGUAUCUAAAGAAAACAUUUUUUUUUUUAAUGAUUUAACUUAUUAACAUAGGAAAGUGUAUUAUAGUCUUCCUCUUUUUUCUAACUAAUCAUUGAAUCUUCUAUCCGUAUUAUUUUUCUUACUAUACUAUAAACCACAUUGAUUCGAAUUUAAAAAUAAUUAUAUUUUUUCGAAGCACUUACCUACAUAAUAUUAAUAGUCUUUAUAAAUUAAAAUUU